CUUAUAAAUAGUCGCCGUUGCCGCGGCCAGCCAGGACGGGCAGGGCGCGCACCCGACGCCCGCUGCACCCUCCCCGCCUCCAGAGCGCUGACCCGGCUCCUGGGACGUCAGCAGGAUGGAAGAGAAACUGAAGAAAACCAAGAUCAUCUUUGUGGUCGGGGGCCCUGGCUCGGGGAAGGGCACCCAGUGUGAGAAGAUUGUGCAGAAAUAUGGCUACACCCACCUCUCCACGGGGGAUCUCCUGCGGGCCGAAGUCAGCUCCGGCUCAGCCAGGGGCAAGACACUGUCGGAAAUCAUGGAGAAGGGGCAGCUGGUGCCGCUGGAGACCGUGUUGGACAUGCUCCGAGAUGCCAUGGUGGCCAAAGUGGAUUCUUCCAAAGGCUUCCUGAUCGAUGGCUACCCGAGGGAGGUACAGCAGGGAGAAGAGUUUGAGCGGCGGAUCGGACAGCCCACACUGCUGCUAUAUGUGGACGCAGGCCCUGAGACCAUGACCCAGAGGCUCCUGAAGCGCGGAGAGACCAGCGGGCGUGUGGACGACAACGAGGAGACCAUCAAGAAGCGGCUGGACACCUAUUACAAGGCCACCGAGCCCGUCAUCGCCUUCUAUGAGAAGCGAGGCAUCGUCCGCAAGGUCAAUGCCGAGGGCUCCGUGGACAGCGUCUUCUCCCAGGUCUGCUCCCACCUGGACGCCCUGAAGUAGCCCGCCGGCCUCCCCCAGCCGGAGCCUCCCCCAGCCGACUGGGCCCGGCCCAGGCCCAGCGCCUCGCCCUGCUGGGCUGCACAGACACGGGGAUCCCCUGGAUCCCGACCCGUGGACAGCUGAGCACUAAAGGAAUUUCCUGGGACAUUCGGUUUUUAUUCUUCUUUCUUUGCUUCCAAUCGGAGUUGAUUCGUCACCCGCCUGGCCUCCAGCCCGGGCGCCUGGCCCUCCCGCUCCUGCCGGAGCCCCUCGGCCUGGCUGGGGGCCCGUGUCCUCGGGUUUCUGUUCAGGCAGUGCUGGGUCCUGGCCUGGCUUCCUCCCUACCCUAGC